AUGGAUUUCCAACACAGAGCCGGUGGUAAAACUGGGUCAGGGGGUGUGGCCUCUGCAUCUGAAACUAAUCGUGACCGAAGAGAGAGGCUACGUCAGUUGGCGCUUGAAACUAUUGACCUUAACAAAGAUCCCUAUUUUAUGAAAAAUCAUCUGGGAUCAUAUGAAUGUAAAUUAUGUUUAACUUUACAUAAUAAUGAGGGCAGUUAUUUAGCUCAUACUCAAGGUAAAAAGCAUCAAGCUAAUUUAGCAAGAAGAGCAGCUAAAGAGGCUAAGGAAGCCCCAUCUCAACCAGCUCCAGAAAAAGCAAAGGUUGAAAUUAAAAAAUUUGUAAAGAUUGGACGACCUGGUUACAAAGUAACUAAACAGAGAGAUCCUGAUAAUGGACAACAGAGUUUGCUGUUCCAGAUUGACUACCCAGAAAUAGUUGAUGUUAUUAUGCCACGUUAUAGAUUUAUGGCUGCCUAUGAACAGAAAAUAGAGCCUCCAGACAGGAAAUGGCAGUAUUUAUUAUUUGCUGCAGAACCUUAUGAAACUAUAGCUUUUAAGGUACCAAGUAGAGAAGUUGAUAAAGAUCCUAAAAAGCUCUGGACUCAUUGGAAUAGAGAUACAAAACAGUUUUUCCUACAGUUUGCCUUUAAAUAUGAUCCUAAUAAACAUGGACCUAUGGGACCUGGUGGACCUAAUAUGAGACAUCAAUUACCGCCCAGAUUACCACCACCACCGAUGAAUGAUGGACCCCAUGGACCACCCAUGGGACCACCUGGAAUGAGACCUAGACCUCCACCUCCUGGUCAUUUUAACAUGGGACCUCCCAUGGGUAUGAAUCCUAAUAUGCCUGGUGGAAUGGGACAUCCUGGUCAUCCAAUGGGGGCACCUCCUCCUCCACCUGUUCCACCCCCAACAAGUAACAGUAGUGGUGGUGGUGGUGGUCCUCCUCCUCAACAACAAGGCAUGGCACCACCUCCCCCUCCUCCACCAAGUUAA